AUGAUUUCUUCUUUAAGCAAACCAUUCAUUAAUUAAUAUCAAUUUCUGCUAUAAACCCAUUAGUUACAAUCCACAAAAGUUUCAAUCUUUACAUUUAUUUUCAGGGUUUGAGCUGAGUUGACUCAGUACUUCGAACUCGAACUGCCAUGGAAAAAGCUCUUAUUCCAUUGUUCAUACUCUGUUUCUUAGUUUCAUCAUCCUGUGCAGAGAUCUCAGGUGCAGUGGGAGUCAACUAUGGUCAACUGGGUAACAACCUACCAACUCCAUCUCAUUCAGUUGAAUUAAUCAAAUCCCUAAAAGCAAAACGAGUCAAAAUCUACGAUGCCAACCCAGAAAUCCUCAAAGCACUGAAAAACACAGGUCUACAAGUGUCAAUAAUGGUACCAAACCAAUUAGUCAAAAACAUUUCCACAAAUCAAACACUUGCCAAUCAAUGGGUUCACACAAAUUUAGUCCCUUUUUACCCAGAAACUCUGAUUCGAUAUCUCUUAGUUGGAAACGAAAUGCUUAGCGGUACAGAUAACUCAUCCUGGUUUAGUAUUGUCCCAGCCAUGAGAAAAAUCAAGAAAGCCCUAAAAAUCCACGGAGCCCAUAAAGUCAAGGUGGGUACAACUUUAGCCAUGGAUGUUCUUCAAUCUUCGUUUCCACCUUCCAAUGGUACUUUCAGGUCUGAUAUUUCGAGCUCUGUAAUGAAACCCAUGUUACAAUUCUUGAACCGAACAAAAUCAUUCCUAUUCCUAGAUGUUUACCCCUAUUUUCCAUGGUCUUCUGAACCUAAAACCAUUAACCUGGAUUAUGCUCUAUUCCAAUCCAAGAAUAUCACUAUCACCGAUCCAAACACUGGAUUAACCUACACUAACCUCUUUGACCAAAUGGUUGACUCAGUCAUCUUCGCUAUGAAACGGGUCGGGUACCCGGAUGUUCGGAUUUUUAUUGCAGAAACGGGUUGGCCCAAUGGCGGUGAUUUCGACCAGAUUGGAGCUAAUAUUUACAACGCUGCAACUUACAACCGAAACGUCGUGAAGAAAUUCACGGCCAAACCUCCGGUCGGAACCCCGGCCCGACCCGGUUCGGUUUUACCGUCUUUCAUAUUCGCUUUGUACAAUGAGAACCAGAAACCUGGUCCGGGUACGGAGCGACAUUUCGGGUUGCUACACCCGCAUGGGAAGCCCGUGUAUGAGAUCGACCUGAGCGGUGAGACGCCUUUGUCGGAGUACAAGCCGUUGCCGGUGCCGGAGAAUAAUACGCCGUAUAAGGGGAAGAUUUGGUGUGUGGCGGCGAAGGGAGCCAAUAAGACGGCUUUGGGUUUAGCGCUAUCGUACGCUUGCUCGCAGGGAAAUAAAACUUGUGACCCGAUUCAACCUCGCGGGUAUUGUCGUCACCCGAACUCGUUGAUACGACACGUCAGCUAUGCGUUUAGUUCUUACUGGGCUCAGUUUAAGAAGACUGGAGGGAGCUGUUACUUUGAUGGGCUCGCUACUCAAACGAUUAAAGAUCCAAGUAAGCCCAAUUUAACCUAUUUUUUAGGCCCAGUUAGAAAAAUGCGUAAAUUAAAAAUUAAAACAAAUGGGUUUGUUAUGCUUUAUUAAGAUAUUUAUUUUUUGAAAAAAUGAAUUAACUAAUUUUUAGCAUAAAUGUCUCGCUGUUUGUUAAUUUUAGAGUGAAUUUGUUUUGGCAAUUGUUUUUGUUUUUAAGAAAAAAAUAAAUAUAGAUAAUUUGAGAAUCUCUAAUUUUUUAGUGAAAUUUAGAGGUAUUUAUGCUGAAAUUCCUAUUACAUAUAUAAUCAGUGUUGUUUUCUUUCUUAUUUAAUUUUAUAUUUUGUUUAUUUUCAGGUUAUGGAUACUGCAAGUUCCCUAGUGUGACACUAUGAGAAAUAAACAAUGUGAACUUCUUAGAAUUUUGAUUGAGAAUAAGCUUUUUUUAUUCACCACCUCCUAUUGGUUGGGUAGUGAAGUGGGCUACGUACCCUUUUUUAACUCCAUCAAUUAAUUUUUUUUUAUUAUUAAAAUAUUUUCUUAAUUUAUAUUAAAGUAAUUCAUUGUUAUUAGUAAAAACCCUAAUUUAGGGGAUUUAUUUGAUUUUUUAUUUAAAGCUUUA